CCAUGGCCCAACAGCAGCAAGAGAAGUGGGUGACCUUCGACGAAGAAGAGGAGGCCCUUUCACUCUCCGACUUCCCGGUGAUCGCCGACGGAGCUAAAGAUGAGGAGAAGAAGAGCAAGUCCUCUCCCGACCACGUCGACGACUUCGAGUUCCGGGUAUCGGUCGGAGGUGGACUUCUCUCGAAGGCGGCGGCGGAGACCGACAUGUGUGCUGCCGAUGAAGUCUUCUUCCAAGGCCAAAUCCUGCCACUGAGACCCUCCAUUAGCUCCGAUAGCAGCCUCUUCAGCAAUAGCCGGUGCGCGUCGAGAUCGGAAUCCAUGGAUCGAUACCCCUCGGCUAUUUCCAGCCUAGGAUUUGAAAGCAGCCGGAGCAACAGCAGCAGCAGCAGUGUAAGCAGAAGCCACUCAUCCAACAGCCACUCCAGCAUCAGCUGUGAUCCACCCCGGCUAUCGGCAUCCAAUAACUUCUACACCCAUCCGAGCCCAACGCCGCAAGUUCGGAUCGUCAGGAGGAAUGCAGGCCGGAGGAGCAUCAGCUCAUCAGCACCUGGGUGGGGGAUCCUUCGGUUGGGCGUGGUGAAGACUCCCGAGAUCGAACUGUACGACUUGCGUUCUCGGAGAUCCAGCAAUGGCGGCAUGAACAGCAACCCCAAGAAGAGCAAUGGCGACGCCGGGAAUCGGAAGAAGGUGUCGGAAGGCAAGGAUGGCAGUAUCAGUAAUAGUGCAUGUACUCAUGAUGCUGGUAACAAAAGUAAAGGUGAGGAUAAAGUAGAUCAAAAGAAGGUGCAGUGGUUUAUGGGACGCGGGUUAGGGUGCAAGUGCUCGCCGGAUUCGGUGGGGAUAGUUUCUUCCAAGGUGGUGAUUGCAAAGAACAAAAAGGAGGAGGGGGAGGGGUUGAAAAGGGGUGAAAGCAUGUGUCGUAGUAGGAUUUUUGAAUGGUUGGAGGAGCUUUCUGUAACAAAGGCCACAGGGAGUUAG